UGAGAGCCAUGGCAAAGAAUGGACUUGUAAUUUACAUCCUGCUUAUCACCUUACUCCUGGACCAGACCACCAGCCACACGUCCAAGUUCAAAGCCAGGAAGCACAGCAAACGCCGAGUGAAAGAAAAGGAUGGAGACCUGAAGACUCAAGUGGAAAAGCUCUGGAGAGAAGUCAAUGCCCUGAAGGAAAUGCAAGCCCUGCAGACAGUCUGUCUCCGAGGCACAAAAUUUCACAAGAAGUGCUACCUUGCUUUGGAAGGCUUGAAGCACUUCCACGAAGCCAACGAAGACUGCAUUUCCAGGGGAGGGACGCUGGUUGUCCCCAGAAGCUCCGACGAAAUCAAUGCCGUCCGAGACUAUGGUAAAAGGAGCCUGCCAGGGGUCAAUGAGUUUUGGCUGGGCAUCAACGACAUGGUCACAGAAGGCAAGUUUGUCGAUAUCAAUGGAGUCGCCAUCUCCUUCCUCAACUGGGACCAUGCACAGCCUAACGGUGGCAAGCGGGAAAACUGCGUCCUCUUCUCACAGUCAGCUCAGGGCAAAUGGAGUGACGAGGUCUGUCGUAGCAGCAAGAGGUACAUAUGUGAGUUCACCAUCCCCUAA